CAAUUUUUUCAUUUAUUAUUUCUUGUCCGUCGACCGUCAAUCGCGUGGCACGGAUGUGGAUCCUAUUGGCCCAUUUCUAUCCUCACGCGACAAAACGCAAUUAUCCGUCUGUACUGAUGAUUGAUGAACAUCGUCAACGUGGCGACUCUGUUUCGCAGCAAAAAAAAAAAAAAAAAAAAAAAAAAAAACAAAAAGGAAAAGUGGAGUAUUAUAUUGGAGGAAGAAGAAGAUGAUGAUCUGGGUUGUAGAUACGAUUGUGAUUGGUAAGUAAUUCGAUGAUGAAAAGGAGAAGAAGAAGAAGAAGAAUAAGGAUUGAAUUAUCGAGAUGGGUUUUAGCGAAGACAAUCUGAAUGGGGUUAUUUUGGCUUUGCUCUCAAGUGGGUUCAUAGGGGCAAGCUUUAUUAUCAAGAAGAAGGGGCUUAGAAGAGCGGCAGCAGCAUCUGGGGUCAGAGCUGGUGUUGGUGGAUAUACUUACCUCCGUGAGCCUCUCUGGUGGAUAGGCAUGAUUAUAAGUUUUCUUAUCUUGGUGAUUGUUGGUGAGGCUGCCAACUUCACUGCAUAUGCAUUUGCCCCUGCAGUUGUCGUGACGCCUCUUGGUGCAUUAAGCAUAAUUGUCAGUGCUGUGUUGGCUCACUUUAUCUUGAAGGAGAGGCUGCACAAGCUUGGGAUUUUGGGCUGUGUUAUGUGUAUAGCAGGUUCAGUCAUUAUUGUUGUUCAUGCACCAAGGGAGGUUCCCAUCACUUCUGUACAGGAAAUAUGGAAUAUGGCAACACAGCCAGCCUUUUUGCUAUAUAUGGGAUCUGUGAUUGUAUUGGUUUUUAUUCUUGUCAUCCAUUUUGACCCUCGGUGUGGGCAUACCAAUGUGUUGGUGUUCACUGGAAUUUGCUCGCUGGUGGGCUCCCUCUCGGUUAUGAGUGUUAAAGCCCUUGGGACAUCAUUGAAAUUGACCUUUGAGGGGAAGAACCAACUAAUCUUCCCCGAGACGUGGUUUUUCAUGUUGGUGGUUGUAAUAUGCGUUGUUAUUCAAAUGAAUUACCUCAACAAGGCACUUGACACAUUCAACACUGCAAUUGUCUCCCCGAUAUACUACGUGAUGUUUACGACACUUACAAUCCUUGCAAGUGUCAUAAUGUUCAAGGAUUGGGAUGGCCAAAGUGGAGGAACGAUCAUAUCUGAAAUAUGUGGCUUUGUUGUUGUGCUUUCUGGUACCAUCUUAUUGCAAGUUACAAAAGAUUUCGAAAGAAGCUCAUCCUUCAGAGGCACUCAUACCCCAGGUUCCCCUUCGUUAUCUACUCGGCUCUGCACCGGGAAUGGAGAACUAGCAAAGUAUAGUGAUGAAGAAGUGCCUCCUGAGGAAAUCUGUUUGAGAAUACAAGAAUCAUAUUAGUUGUUCUCCCAUCUGAUACAUAUCUUCUCAGUCAAAGCACCAUACCGGAGGAACUGUCACGUAGAAGCGAUCAUGUUUCAACCAAAAGUUGAGCUCAGAAUUAAAUGUUGCAUUGCAGGUAAAUGAUCAGAAGCUAGUCAGCUGGUUGUCAUAUGGGCCUCGAAGUUUCAUUGAUACCGGUUUCAUUGUUUAGUUCCAAACAUUAUAGAGAUUUCCCAUGGGAGGCUAGUUUCACUUAACAAAAGGGAUCCUCACAGAAGACAGAUUGGGUUUCAGAGGAAGCUUCAGUUUCCAUUUCAGUGUCUGCAUAGUGAAAAAGUGGAUGACUUACAUUGAACUGUUUCCUUAUGUAGCUUGACAUUGCAUGCUUUGCUGUUCUCUUCAGGGAAUAGGGGGGUUCUCCUGUUUUUCAUUUGACACAAAAAUUGAAUUCAUGUACAUAGUAAUUCUUUAAAUGCAGUUAUAUGAAAAGAUCCAAACUUUCAUCAGUAUUGCUUAAAUGAAACUUGGACUUUCAAGGAAGAAUAAUAAUAAUAAAGCAGAAACGGAUGGGCUGGCUUUAGUUUGA